CCAAUAUCGUGGAGUUUGGCAAUACUCCGAAGUCCGACACUAACCACUGUAUUACGGUUUGGCUUAUGACUGCGCGCUCCUUCUUCUCGUGCUCCAUCAAGUCUUUCAAUUACCAUCGCCAUUUCUCAGCGAUUGAAGCUCCCCGCUCUCACGUAUUCAUGUCGUACCGCCCAAACUUCCAGGGCUUCCGGCGCGGCGGCGGUGGCGGCGGUGGCGGCGGAGGACGAGGAAGGGGAGGCGGCGGGAGAGGCAGCGGCCGGAGAGGUGGCAGUGGCGGCGGUCGAGGAGAGCAGCGGUGGUGGGACCCUCAAUGGAGAGCCGAGCGUCUCCGCCAAAUGGCUGGGCCGGUGGAAAAGUUGGAUCCAAAUGAAUGGCAGACUAAACUGCAGCAGUUGAAUGAUGGUUGUCAGCAGGAGCUAAUUGUUAACCGUAAUUUUGGGCGUGAAGGACAACUUACUCUUGAAGAUAUGGCUCAUCGGCAUGACCUUUAUUUCCAUGCUUACAACAAAGGGAAGUCACUAGUUUUCAGCAAAGUUCCGUUACCAGAUUAUCGGGCCGAUCUAGAUGAGCGGCAUGGAUCAACGCAGAAAGAGAUUGUCAUGUCUGUAGAAACUGAGAGAAAAGUUGAAAGUCUCCUUGCAAAAUCAAAAGAGGCAGGGACCAUAAGUGAUUCUUGCAGUACUUCCAGCCAAACAAGAAAACAUGAUUCUUGGAUUUCAUCCACUGAGUCAAUAAAAGAAUAUUCAUCCGAUACUGUUGCUUCUAAAUUUGAAUUGAUUAAAGAAAGACAGCCUGAUUCUGCCAAGGAGAAGUUCAGUGUUGAACUUAGAGACCUACAGAUUUCUAAGAAGGCAACUUGCAGUGCAAAAGCUAUGCAGUCUUUUAGGGAAAAACUGCCAGCAUACAAGUUUAAAGACGAUUUUUUAAAAUCUGUGUCAUGCAACCAGAUUCUAGUUGUCUCUGGAGAGACUGGUUGUGGCAAAACCACACAGCUACCACAAUUUAUAUUGGAGAAGGAAAUAGCAAAUCUUAAUGGUGCAGACUGCAAUAUAAUAUGCACUCAACCACGUCGUAUAUCUGCUAUAUCUGUAGCAAUGAGAGUUGCUUCUGAAAGGGGAGAAAAUCUUGGGGAAACUGUUGGUUUCCAGAUCCGCCUAGAAGCUAAGCGUUCUGCACAAACCCGACUUCUCUUUUGUACAACUGGCGUGUUAUUGCGAAGAUUGGUCCAAGAGCCUGAUUUAGGAGGAGUUAGUCAUCUGAUAAUUGAUGAAAUUCAUGAAAGAGGCAUGAAUGAGGAUUUUCUCAUCAUUAUUUUGCGUGAUCUUCUUCCUCGGCGUCCAGACCUUCGAUUAAUUUUGAUGAGUGCUACAAUAAAUGCUGAACUCUUCUCAAAAUAUUUUGGAAACUCACCUGUAAUUCAUAUUCCGGGUUUUACUUUUCCUGUAGAAGAAAUUUUCCUUGAAGACAUCCUGGAGAAAACUCGUUUCCAGAUUAGAUCCGAGUUUGGUAAUUUUCAAGGAAAUUCUAGGAGGAGGCAGGCAGUGAGAAAAAAUGACCCUUUGACUGAAAUGUUUGAGGAUGUUGAAAUUGAUAGCUGUUAUAAAAAUUAUAGCAUGUCCACAAGGCAUUCUCUUGAGGCGUGGUCUGGCUCGUUGCUUGAUUUGGGUCUUGUUGAAGCAACAGUUGAGUAUAUUUGUCGAUAUGAAGGUGAUGGAGCAAUCCUUGUGUUCCUUACUGGAUGGGAUGAGAUAUCAAAAUUGCUUGACAAGAUUAAAGCAAACUCUUUUCUUGGUGAUUCUAGCAAAUUUCUAGUUCUUCCAUUGCAUGGUUCCAUGCCAACAGUUAAUCAGCGUGAUAUAUUUGAUAGGCCACAAAGGAAUAUGAGAAAGAUCAUUCUAGCAACAAAUAUAGCAGAAAGCAGUAUCACUGUUGAUGAUGUCGUCUAUGUCAUAGAUUGUGGAAAGGCAAAACAAACCAGCUAUGAUGCUCUUAAUAAGCUAGCUUGCUUGUUCCCAUCGUGGAUAUCAAAAGCUUCAGCCCAUCAGAGAAGGGGUCGUGCAGGCCGUGUUCAAUCUGGAGUUUGUUAUAGGCUGUACCCAAAGCUUAUUCAUGAUGCAAUGCCACAAUAUCAGUUACCAGAAAUUCUUCGAACUCCUUUGCAAGAACUUUGCCUAGCUAUCAAAAGCUUACAACUUGGGUCAGUCGCAACAUUUCUAGCCAAGGCAUUACAACCACCAGAUCCACUUGCUGUUAAUAAUGCACUUGAACUUCUCAGGACAAUAGGGGCAUUAGAUGAAAGAGAGGAUCUCACUCCUCUUGGGCGUCAUCUUUGCACUCUACCAUUGGACCCAAAUAUUGGAAAGAUGUUGCUAAUGGGAUCUAUAUUCCAGUGCCUAGAUCCAGCAUUGACAAUCGCUUCUGCUCUUGCGUACCGUGAUCCCUUUGUCCUUCCUGUAAGUAGGAAGGAGGAAGCUGAUGAUGCUAAAAGAUCCUUUGCUAGCGAUACUUGCAGUGAUCACAUUGCUCUUCUUAAGGCUUUUGAUGCAUGGAAAGAUGCAAAGCGAGGUAAACAAGAACGUGCUUUUUGUUGGGAGAAUUUUCUAUCACCAAUGACAUUGCAAAUGAUGGAUGACAUGCGAAGCCAAUUUCUUGAUCUAUUAUCUGGCAUUGGUUUUUUCAACAAAGCUAAAGGAAUCAAGGCAUAUAACCUUUAUGGAGGUGAUAUAGAGAUGAUUCGUGCCAUUUUGUGUGCUGGACUCUAUCCGAAUGUCAUUCAAUGCAAAAGGAGAGGGAAAAGGACAGCAUUCUACAGUAAAGAUGUGGGAAAGGUGGAAAUCCAUCCUUCCUCCGUGAAUGCAAGGAUCCACUCUUUUCCCUUGCCUUAUAUGGCGUAUAGUGAAAAAGUUAAAACUACAUCUAUUUUUAUUAGGGAUUCGACAAAUAUUUCAGAUUAUGCUCUACUCCUCUUUGGAGGUAGCUUAACUCCUAGCACAACUGGCGAGGGCAUUGAAAUGCUAGGAGGUUACUUGCAUUUCUCUGCACCAAAAAGUGUGAGACAACUCAUUCAGAGAUUGAGAGGGGAACUUGAUAGGCUUUUGCUAAGGAAAAUUGAAGAGCCUGGCCUUGAUAUGAAUGUGGAAGGACGAGGAGUUGUGGAUGCCGCUAUGGAGUUGUUGCACAGUCAAAAUAUUUACAAUUGACUUAAUUGUCUGUCUUUAAGGAAUUUUUCAUAACUUGACACUCAAUUUUCCAGCCGAGUAAACUCCUGUAUUCGUUGGUUGAGAGAGGAUUUGAGACCUGAUAGCGUGUGCCAAUCCCACGUAGUGGGGUAAAGGCUUAUUUUCAAGCUGCUAGAAUUUGAUGUGGUUAUGGGCAAAUUAUUAGGUCCGGUCACCGGACUUAAAAAUAGGUCCAUACAUCCAAUUAAACUUGCCACGAUACCUGUGCUUGACUAUGUUUUAGGUACGCUUUGACUGCACUUUACAUGCGCUUUGACUGUGCUUUACCUACACUUUACAUGUGCUUUACCUACGCUUUUGACGUGUUUAACUUAAAAUAAUAUUUUAUUAGCAUUCGGACCUAUCUCUAGGUCCGGUAACCGAACCUAAUAAUUUGCUGGUGGUUAUGUA